GCGUCAUGGAGAGAUUGGCCAAUGGGCGCGGGCCUGGCCGCCGCUUCCGGCCCGUCCUCUCGCCUGCGGCCGGGGCAGGACCGGCCCGCUAACCCAGCUGCGGAGCAUCCACGGUGACCCCGCCCGGCCGAGUGCCGACCCAGCCGCUGCCACUAUGCCCACCUCAGCGCUGUGGGCGGUGGACCUCUUUGGGAGAGUGUACACUCUCUCCACGGCUGGCCAGUACUGGGAACUGUGCAAGGAUGCCCAGCUGGAGUUCAAGCGCGUCAGUGCGGCCACGCAGUGCUGCUGGGGCAUUGCCUGCGACAACCAGGUCUAUUUGUACAUGUGCGCCAACGAUGUCCCCAUCCGCCGCCGAGAGGAGGCCUAUGAGAAUCAGCGCUGGAACCCCAUGGGUGGCUUCUGCGAGAAGCUCCUGCCGAGUGACCGCUGGCAGUGGAGUGACGUGAGUGGGCUCCAACACCGGCCGCUGGAUGGGGUGGCGCUGCCCUCGCCACACUGGGAGUGGGAGUCGGACUGGUACGUGGAUGAGAAUUUUGGAGGGGAACCCACCGAGAAAGGGGGCUGGACGUAUGCCAUUGACUUUCCCGCCACCUACACGAGAGACAAGAAGUGGAAUUCGUGUGUGCGGCGGCGGAAGUGGAUCCGGUACAGGAGAUACAAGUCCCGGGACACCUGGGCCAAGAUCCCCUCAAAGGAUGACCCCAAGGAACUCCCUGACCCCUUCAAUGACCUCUCUGUCGGUGGGUGGGAGAUUACAGAGGAGCCUGUGGGCCGCCUGUCUGUCUGGGCUGUGUCUCUGCAAGGAAAGGUGUGGUACAGAGAGGACGUCAGCCACUCCAACCCGGAAGGCUCCUCAUGGUCCCUGGUGGACACCCCCGGAGAGGUGGUCCAGAUCAGCUGUGGGCCCCACGACCUCCUGUGGGCCACCCUCUGGGAGGGGCAGGCGCUGGUCCGGGAAGGAAUCAACAGGAACAACCCCAAAGGAAGUUUCUGGUCCAUAGUGGAGCCUCCUGGGUCUGAAAAUGGGAUCAUGCACAUCUCCGUGGGAGUCGGCGUGGUCUGGGCUGUCACUAAAGACCGGAAAGUGUGGUUCCGAAGAGGUGUCAACUCUCACAACCCCUGUGGCACCAGCUGGAUCGAGAUGGUUGGAGAGAUGACCAUGGUGAACGUGGGGCUCAACGACCAGGUCUGGGGCAUUGGCUGUGAGGACCGAGCUGUAUACUUCCGGCAGGGUGUCACCCCCAGCGAGCUCAGUGGGAAGACAUGGAAGGCCAUCGUCGCAGGCCGCGAGUGUGACCGGUCCCACUCUGGCAGCUCGUCAAGCCUUCUCAGUGCUGGCUGCUUCUUUGGUGAUGAGGUGAGGGUCAGUAGUGACUCUACAUCCCAUGACACUGACGUUUCUUCAGAAGUUGAGAGACGGGACCUUGAGCAGCCUCUCCCCAGAGAGUCUUUGGACAAUCCCAGGAACCCCAAGGAGAGCUCAGCCUUGGAACCUGGGGUCAGCAGGACUGCAGGUUGCGAUGAGGAGAAGGCCUGCCCAACUGAGGGCAGAGGGGAGCCUGCUCCGGCCACUGGUCCCAAUGAGCACCCUGGCCUGGCCUCCACCCCAGCUGAGCUGCCCUGGACCAACAUUGACCUGAAGGAGCCCAAGAAGGCACCCAACCACUCAGCUGCUGGCUUUCCUGAGACCACCGGCCUCUCCUCACUGGGGCUCUUCCCCCUGGGCUUGGAGGAGCCCUACGGGGCGGAUGACCACCCACUGUGGGCCUGGGUGUCAGGAGGUGGCUGUGCAGUGGAGGCAGGCUCCGUGCUCAAGUGGUUCACUGUCCAGUCUGGCCUGUCUCCCUCAGUGCAGACGCUGUCCCUGUCCAUCACGCCAGCCCAAACUGCCGCCUGGAGGAAGCAGAUCUUCCAGCAGCUCACGGAAAGGACCAAGCGGGAGCUGGAGAACUUCAGGCAUUACGAACAGGCCGUGGAGCAGUCGGUGUGGGUGAAGACCGGGGCCCUGCAGUGGUGGUGUGACUGGAAGCCCCACAAGUGGGUGGACGUCCGCGUGGCCCUGGAGCAGUUCACGGGGCACGAUGGGGCUCGAGACAGCAUCCUCUUCAUCUACUACGUGGUCCACGAGGAGAAGAAGUACCUUCACGUGUUCCUCAAUGAGGUGACAGUGUUGGUCCCAGUGCUCAACGAGGCCAAGCACUCCUUUGCCCUGUACACCCCCGAGAGGACACGGCAGAGGUGGCCGGUGCGCCUGGCUGCUGCCACCGAGCAGGACAUGAAUGACUGGCUCGCCCUGCUCAGCCUGUCCUGCUGUGAGAGCCGGCGGGUCCACGGCCGCCCAUCCCCACAGGCCAUCUGGUCCAUCACCUGCAAGGGAGACGUCUUUGUGAGUGAGCCCAGCCCAGACCUGGAGGCCCACGAGCACCCACUGCCCUGUGACCAGAUGUUCUGGCGGCAGAUGGGAGGCCACCUGCGGGUGGUGGAGGCCAAUAGCCGUGGCGUGGUAUGGGGCAUCGGCUACGACCACACGGCCUGGGUGUAUACAGGUGGCUAUGGCGGAGGCUGCUUCCAAGGCCUGGCCAGCAGCACCAGCAACAUCUACACACAGUCGGACGUGAAGAGCGUCUACAUCUAUGAGAACCAGCGCUGGAACCCCGUCACAGGCUACACCAGCAGGGGUCUGCCCACUGACCGGUACAUGUGGAGCGAUGCCACUGGGCUGCAGGAAUGCACCAAGGCUGGCACAAAGCCCCCGUCCCUGCAGUGGACCUGGGUCUCUGACUGGCACGUGGACUUCAGCAUCCCAGGGGGCACAGACCAGGAGGGCUGGCAGUACGCCAGUGACUUCCCUGCCUCAUACCACGGGUACAAAACCAUGAAGGAUUUUGUCAGGAGAAGGUGCUGGGCCAGAAAAUGCAAGCUGGUGACCAGUGGGCCCUGGCUGGAGGUGGCUCCCAUCGCCCUCGGGGACGUGUCCGUCAUCCCAGAGAGCCCAGAGGCUGAGGGGUGCCAGCACAAUGUCGCCCUCUGGGCCGUCAGUGACAAGGGGGAUGUGCUGUGCCGCCUGGGCGUGUCUGAGCUCAACCCUGCGGGUUCCUCCUGGCUACACGUUGGCACAGAUCAGCCCUUCGCCUCUGUCUCCAUUGGGGCCUGCUACCAAGUGUGGGCUGUGGCCAGGGAUGGCUCUGCUUUCUACAGGGGCUCCGUGUCCCCCUCCCAGCCAGCCGGUGACUGCUGGUACCACAUCCCACCUCCUCCCAAACAGAGACUGUCCCAGGUGUCUGUCGGGCAGACGUCUGUGUACGCCCUGGAUGAGAAUGGGAACCUUUGGUACCGCGGAGGGAUCACGCCCAGCUACCCGCAGGGCUCCAGCUGGGAGCACGUGUCCAACAACGUGCGCAGAGUGUCCGUGGGGCCUCUGGACCAGGUCUGGGUUAUUGCCAACAAAGUCCAGGGGAGCCAUGGCCUGAGCCGGGGAACGGUGUGUCACCGCACAGGCGUGCAGCCCCAAGAGCCCAAGGGGCAGGGCUGGGACUACGGCAUUGGGGGAGGCUGGGACCACAUCUCUGUCCGGGCCAAUGCCACCAAGGCCAUCCGGAGUGUGUCCCAGGAACAGGAGGCUCGUGGCCCUGUCUGCUGCUGAGGCCACCCCUGUCACCUGGAGGCAGGGAUGGUGACAGGCUCGAGGACGAAGCUCGAGCCCUUCUUGUGCUGAAGUGUGCCCCGUGAGAAGGUAUCGCCCAGGCUGACUCAGGAGGGUGCCUGGUGGGGGGCGUGGCCCCAUCGGAAGUGCAGGCUGAAGUGCCAGGGUGUGAAGCUCCGCUGGAGGCCCCCACACUGUCCCCAGUCUUGAGGAACUGGAGGAACUGCGGGCUGCGGGGAGGGCCGCGCCCCGCCCGCCCCACCUGCUCCUUCCCUGUGCCUUCCACCUGCCCAGUCCCUGAGCCUGGAACUUGGAGCUUGCCAGAAACUCUGGCCCUGGGAGCAGAGCCAGGGAGGAACGCUUCCGAGCCAGGUGCCCGUUGCAUCUGGGCCCUGCCCUACCCCACGAGAAAUGGCGGUGGGUCUCCAGGCCUCCUCAGAGCAACACUUGGGAGUUUUAAGAGUUAAGCGGAGCUGGCGAGUUGCAGAUAAAUGCUGAAGUGAGGUGUCCUCCGCAGGUGGGUCGGGGCCUGCUGGGGUGCGGGGGACAUGGUGUCCAAGUGCAGGUUCACCUUGAGAGCCCUCCGUGGGGGAGGAUCUGGGGCCCUGUUGCAGGAUGGCUGGGUAGAGAGGAGCAGCAUCCUGAGCCCCCCAGGCAUUGUGGGAGCAACGCUGUGCCCACGGGCAGGUGUGGACGGAACCUGAGCUGUCCUGCCCCGGGGCAGGGAGAAGGCACCUUCCACCCGGAGGCGAGAGCCCUGCCUUGCCAGGUGAGGAGGAAGUGCCUGGCCUGCGGCCCUCGCCCUCCCUCCUGCAGCCUCCCCGCCGUGGUCACCCCCGUGUGACCCUUAGGCGAAGUCUCCAGCUACUUCCUACACUGUGCCUGGGAGGUGACCAGAGCCAGGCCCUGUCCACGCUCCUUCUGAGAUGGAGCGAGUGGACUGGCCCCUGCCUGGCCCUCCCAGGCUGCGUCCUGUCCCGUGGUUAGGAGUGGCCAGCUCUGCGUUCACAUGCGAUUCCACUUUGCUGUGCAGGGCUUGUCACCAGAAGCUGACCCUAAGCAUGGUCUCUCUGGGGGUCCCCUCCCACGUGCAUUUGAGGGCCUGGUGUCCACAGUUUCUAGAGGUGGGACCAGGCAUGCCUGAGUGCAGAGCCCAGGGGAAAGACAGGAGUGACCCUGGGGUGACCCUGUCGGCUUCUAUCUCAGCGUCAGUUUUCAGGGCGGGCAUCAUGGAUUGUUCCCCCACAAUGUGACUUGUAUGUUCCUGCUGUGACUUGCUGUCUGCAGGUGGCUCUUAGCGAGGCAUUGAGGUGUCACUCUGCCCUCUAGAGUGACAUGUCCUCUUGCUGCUCAGCACCAACUGUUCACCUGCUCAGCAUCCCCACACUGUCUUGAUCCCUUGGAUGCUUUAUUCAAUAAAAAUUUACACCAGUGUAAA